AUGGGCGACUUGGUGGGCAAAAUUACAGACAUGGAAGGAAUGCGAGAAGAAGAUGACCGAGAUGAAAUUGAGGAUGUCAGUCUGGAUCAACUACACUCGAGAGACCAAGAUCAAGGAACAUCGCCGUCGAAAUGUGGCGGAUCGGACCUGUCAUCAAUGAUGAGUGUACAGCCUGGGACGGGACAUGUGACCGGUGAUCCGUUGAACGACAAGUGCGACGCAUCUAUGUCGCAAAAAAACGGACAGGGAUCCAUCACCUAUCAACCAGGCACAUCGGAUCUGGACCUUACCUGGGACUCAGAUCAAGAUUAUGAUGAAUGCGUGUAUUAUCAUGAAGGAAGCGAUAUAUACGCCGAAGAUGUCGAUGAUCAGAUGGCGGUACUGCCGGAAGUACCUGUGACGACGGAAGAUACUCCGGAGGAGAUUGAGCGACUUCGCCAAAAGAUCUGGAAGUUCCGACAUCUCUUGAUCGGUAAGGGAAAUGCCCUUCCGCCGGCAGCUAGAGGCGUGGUGUGUGAUAUCGAUGUCGGGGGAGCGAGACCUAUCGCCCUCAAGUGCCGUAAGUUGCGGAUCCAGUUCAGGGAGAAGCUGGCAGACCUGAGCAAGGGUCUAUUGUCUGCCAAGAUGAUUAACUAUUCCAGAUCACCAUGGACUUCCCCAAUCGUGGUGAUCAUUAAGAAGUAUGGG